GAACAACUGCUGGAUGGUCACGGAGAAGAACUCGCCACCGGCGAUAACCGUGGUUGCCUUAUGGCCUGAGGCCGCCUCCCCGCCAUGUGACGAACCAAACGGACAAAUGAAGUGGCGGCCACAAUUUCAAAGAUUGUAUCUCCACCACCAUUGCGACUGACGUACCGAUUGUUCGUUCUGGUUCUCACCACAACACUGCUGGAAAGGGUUUCGAUCGCUAGGGGCGGAAAUCCUGCAGAAUUGCUUCUCCCGUUUUAUUCCUUUUUGUUUUUAUAGAUUUUGUACCUUGUGCGAGGGGUGAACCUCCAUAUAUACCGCCAAAAUGUCGACAACCGUGGAGAAGAUCAAGCAAGUCGAGGACGAGAUGGCUCGGACUCAGAAGAACAAGGCGACGGCCUAUCACUUGGGACAGUUGAAGGCUAAGCUUGCUAAGCUAAAGCGAGAGCUUUUGACUCCGUCUGGCGGUGGUGGUGGCGGCGGUGGUGCUGGUUUCGAUGUCGCCCGUACCGGUGUUGCUAGUGUUGGUUUCAUUGGUUUCCCCUCUGUCGGAAAGAGUACCUUGAUGAGCAGAUUGACGGGCCAGCAUUCCGAAGCUGCUGCUUACGAGUUCACAACUUUGACGACGGUCCCUGGUCAAGUGAUGUACAACGGUGCUAAGAUUCAGAUUCUCGAUCUCCCCGGUAUUAUUCAGGGAGCCAAGGAUGGUAAGGGUCGUGGUCGACAGGUCAUUGCUGUGGCCAAGACCUGCCAUCUCAUCUUCAUCGUCCUCGAUGUCAACAAGCCGCUAGUCGACAAGAAGGUCAUUGAGAACGAACUGGAGGGCUUCGGUAUUAGAAUCAACAAGCAGCCUCCUAACAUUACCUUCAAGAAGAAGGAUAAGGGUGGUAUUGCCAUCACAAGCACCGUCCCCUUGACGCAUAUUGAUCACGACGAAAUCAAAGCCGUCAUGAGCGAGUACAAGAUCUCUUCGGCCGAUAUCUCGAUCCGGUGCGACGCGACCAUUGAUGAUCUGAUCGAUGUCCUUGAAGCCAAGAGUCGCGCUUAUAUCCCCGUCGUCUAUGCCCUCAACAAGAUCGAUGCCAUUACGAUUGAGGAGUUGGACUUGCUGUACCGGAUUCCCAACGCCUGCCCGAUCAGUUCCGAGCACGGGUGGAACAUCGACGAACUGUUGGAGAUGAUGUGGGAUAAGCUCAACCUUCGUCGCAUCUACACCAAGCCUAAAGGAAAGGCCCCCGAUUACACGGCCCCCGUUGUGCUGAGAUCGCACGCUUGCACGGUCGAGGAUUUCUGUAAUGCUAUCCACCGGACGAUCAAGGACCAGUUCAAGCACGCUAUUGUCUACGGCCGCUCCGUGAAGCACCAGCCUCAGCGUGUCGGUCUGUCACACGAGCUGGCGGACGAAGAUAUCGUGUCGAUUGUGAAGCGGUAAAUAAGUUUACUGGAGCGCAAUCCUUGAAGGAUCCGCUUAUGACCGGGGCGAGCUAUGGCGAAUCGUACUCGAGAGGAUAAAUCGGUAGUGUUAGGGGCUGCUCCGCCAAGUAUCAAGUCCAGGAGGCCCGGCCCUUGUGACAGAUUUUCCGUGAGAUGCCAUAAGGAUUGUGAUUGGGGGAGACGAUGUGCGC